AAUUCUAAUUCUAAUUUGUGAGCUGUAAGUUGUUUUUUUAACGCAUGCACCUUGCCUUUAAGUUGCCUGGGGUAUUAUAGGCAUACCUGUCAUACCGGGCAUUGCUGAAAUGCCACGAUAAUAAUGCUGUGUAAGCGGCAUAUGAAUCGAACCAGUGCAGCGAAAUGGUUGGCCAUUGGCCUUGGUGCCCGAUUUCGUUAUCGAACAAUCGCGUUUUAAGAAUUUAUCUUUAAGAAUUUAUCGUAAAGAAUUCAUCGAGAAAUAUCAAACUCGUUUGAAUUUUUUUCCUGGAUUGGAGAGCAUUUCGAGUUUAUGCGCGUUUGUUGAGAUAUUAUUUGGUGCUCUUUUUGAAAAUUGUUCGGAUUAGUUCUGAUAAUCUCUGUCAAUUUGGCAUGACCGAUCUUGUGGAAUUUGUGAACAGUGUGGCUGUGUGGCAGUCACAAUACCUCAAAGGAGAACACUCAGUACGGCAUGUGAUGGAGAAUCGUGAUUCCCCGGGGAAGGAACUGCCGACAAAAACACAACGCCAGUUGAGGAGCCAGAACCGACAAGGAAUGACAGAACAGUUGAAUUUUGACGAAGAUCAUCAAAAUAUGGUCAAUAAUAAAAAAUGUACUUGUACGCAAACAGCUGGCACACAAACAUCCUACAAUUACGACCAGUACGAAGUUGUACGUAAACAGUUGAGCCAAUCAGCACCCUCCUCUAGUCAGACCAAUCACGCGACAGAAAAAACCACCACCACGUUACAAGACAUGCCAUUAAACCUCACCAUGAGCGUCCAAGACGACCCGCAAACUAUUCCAACAUAUACGCAACUCCGCCCAUCUGUGAUUAAGUGUGCGCCGAACAUGCCACCUCUCUCACCUGGUGGCAGCACUGGUAGCAGCCUCCCGUCGUCACCCUCACCGACGUCACCGAAUGGACCAAGUAAGCGUGAAGUAAACUCAGUUGGUAUCUGUGAUCCCGCCAUAGACGAACACUUCAGACGUUCUCUGGGCAAAAAUUACCCGGCGCCGCCCGAAUAUUUACCCGCUCCUGCUCCUGCUCCAGCUGUAUUGCCCAACCCCACACAGUCUCAGCCAGAGCUUUCAGUUACAGGAUCUGUGGAUGACCAUUUCGCAAAAUCUCUCGGACAAAAAUGGACUGAAAUUAAAGCGAAGAAUGAUAACUUAGACUUGGACAUUUCUAUUGGGUCUGUUGACGACCACUUCGCUAAGGCGCUCGGUGACACUUGGCAUAAAAUUAAAGCUCAGCACGAUGGAUGUAAAAACUCUGCCUGUUCAUCGCCACCCUCGUCCCCAGCGUCCAGUGUAGUCUCAACGUGAGUCAGUAAUCAUCGUUCAUGGUAACUCAGCAUUUGGAUCAAGCACUGGUUCUGCCAUCUGUUGGGACAAGUGUGUACUAUUCAUGACAUAAGGACUGUGGAUUUGGCCUCGUAACCCAGUUUCCUUGAACACCCAAUCAGGAUCAAGCAUUCAAAAUAAAAUGCCUGCAAAGCAUGCGUUGCCAAGGCGACUGGAGUGUGGACUUGCCGGAAGCUUGGUCCUCGCUGGGAUCGAAAUCAACCUGAAAAUGAGCAAUUUUUGUCGCUGCGUGAGACGAGGGCGUUCAUUGCUGUGAGCUGUGAUCAACGUCAACCCAGUGGUGACCGGUUUUACCUGCAGACAGGCAAGAAUUGUUGUGGGUCAUGGCGAUAAACAUUGCACAUUUGUGGGGCGUUUAACUCUCAUAUCACAACAAGUGUAUUUAUCUUGUGCCAUAUUAAGACAAAUAUUUAUAUUAACGUUUUCAACUUUUCUUGGAAAUAUUUUCACCGUGGCAUUGAUCUAGUAAUAUAAUUUUCUUCCGAUUGUUUGUUUUUAUGUUUUAAUUGACUGUGGGUCAUGUUACUCAAGUGUGCGGAUCACUGUAAUCACCUUCACUUUCACAAUGUUAUUGACCAGUAUUAAAUGAUGAUUUAUUGUGAAAUGAAAAUAUCUCAUUUCUGUUGAGAGGAGGCCAUUGCCGAAUGAAAGGUUAAAGAGACUUUGUACUUGGACGUUGAACUUCUUGGUAGGGACUAUCACCUAUACUGUCAGGACAGUAUGUGUUGACAGAAUUGACAUGAAGACUUCAAGAGUCCCUUUAGAGUUUGCAGUUGCAAAUGACACUGUGUAGUUGUCAGAAUAAAAGACAAAUUAGUUGUUUAAUGAGUUUGACGAAACUACUCCACAUCUAUAUCUGUUUGCCCUUGUGGUGUAAUUUAAAAGAAAACGGAAAUUCCUUGAGCAGAUGUUUGAAAGCAGAAGAAAUUACAGUAAAUGUUUGUGAACUUUCUGAAGAAGUGAUUUCUUUGCCGAUUCUUUUGGUUGGGUCAAAUGAUAUGGCUUUGAGGAUGGCAAGUUGUUCAUCUUCCUGAUUGCCUGUGAGGGCAAACAGUGUGUUGAUAGUUGCAGUAGUUGGAGUAUAUCUUACCUGUACAUAUUUUGUACAAAAUGUUCGAAUGGUUACAAAAAACAAAACAUAACAUUCUAUUGUACUUUUCAGAAGGAAUAGAAUUUGGUUUUGUCUUGUCACUCGGCAGUACAUGUAUUCCAUUAUAUGUAUAAUCAAGUAAAGAUUGGUUUAAGAUUUGAUCCAAACUUGGUAGCAAUUUGGUUGUUUAUGAAUAGUUAUAUUGUUCAUUGUUAACACUCAUGCAACCAAGCAGGUCAAAUAGACUUGGAAACAAGCAGGUCCAAUCGACUUGGAACAAGCAGGUCAAAUAGACUUGGAAACAAGCAGGUCAAAUAGACUUGGAAACAAGCAGGUCCAAUCGACUUGGAACAAGCAGGUCAAAUAGACUUGGAAACAAGCAGGUCAAAUAGACUUGGAAACAAGCAGGUCAAAUAGACUUAGAAACAAGCAGGUCAAAUAGACUUGGAAACAAGCAGGUCCAAUCGACUUGGAAACAAGCAGGUCAAAUAGACUUGGAAACAAGCAGGUCCAAUCGACUUGGAAACAAGCAGGUCAAAUAGACUUGGAAACAAGCAGGUCAAAUAGACUUGGAAACAAGCAGGUCAAAUAGACUUGGAAACAAGCAGGUCCAAUCGACUUGGAACAAGCAGGUCAAAUAGACUUGGAAACAAGCAGGUCCAAUCGACUUGGAAACAAGCAGGUCAAAUCGACUUGGAAACAAGCAGGUCCAAUCGACUUGGAAACAAGCAGGUCCAAUCGACUUGGAAACAAGCAGGUCCAAUCGACUUGGAAAGCUUGUAAGGGUUUCACACAUAAGUGGCACAGACAGUUUUUGCUUUGUUGAUAGAACUGGUGGAAAUAUUGUGAGAUUAUGUAAAAUACAAAUAUU